UAUCAGUCUUCCGCAGUGCAGGUUGUGUCGAGAAUGGAUCCGCCGGCUUUGCUCUCAAAUUAGGUUAGUCUAAAGUGUUCAUGGAACGGACGGUACAGAACCAGUCCGUUCCUUACCUUGCAUGGAGGGUUCCAUUAUUUUAAUAUCCAAAACGCCAACCCGCAUGCGCAUCUGGGAUGGAAGCCAUGGAAACAAGACCACAGCGCAUUCGCGUUCAAGUGGCCUGCGACGUGUGCAAGAUACGGAGGGUCAAAUGCACCGGAACGACGCCUUGCGGGUAUUGUGCAAGACGCCAGCAGCCCCAGAACUGCCGCUACAGCGCGCAGCAACAGCGGCGGCGGCCAACCGCUAGCGCCUCCUCCCCAGCGUCCGGGUCCUCCGUCAACCCCGCUGCCACCAACCACGGCCAUUCCGCGACCACAGCCGCAUCUCUGAUACAGACACCGCCGCCUCAAGCGGCCACCCCCCAACCCGCACCUACCGAUCCUAACAGGGCCACGCAGCUGCCAGGCAGCGGCGACGUCUUCGCUGCCACCGAGGAGCAUGAAGAGACUGAAGUUCCCCGCGAGGCGCGUUUGCUGUGCGACAUCCAAGGGAAGCUCAUCUUCAUCGGCGACUGUGCGCCUCUGUCGUUUUUCCAGACAGUCCGCCGCCUCGUUACCUCACGAGUGGAUGCGCACGCCUUUGCGCCCGAGACCAGUGGUUAUUCCAUUCUCGAAAAUGCUUACUCUCGGCCCUCCGUGUCUGCCGGCUACGGGGCUGAGCCUCCGCCCAUCAAGACACGGGUCGAGCAGGCUGUCUCGGCCUAUUUAGAGGUGACGGCAGGGCUCAUCGAUCUUUUUGACAAUACAUCACUGCUCCAUGAUAUCACUAGCUGGACAAGCCAGGCCCGCGCAAGGGACGACAGUGCUGCCGAUGUAUCCUCGGCGGUCAACUACCUGGUGCUUGCCAUCGGCUGCCAGAAAUCCGACGAGGGUGCUGCUCUCGUCUACUUUGAGUAUGCUCGUGAUCUCGCCUUCGCAAGCCUUACCGGCAACCUUGGUGUGGCCAGUGUCCAGGUUUUCAUCCUUGUCACCUUCUAUAUGCUCGGCGCUUGCCAGAUCAACGGCGCUUUCCUUUUCUUUGGCAUCGCGGUACGAGCCGCCUUCUCGAUCGGGCUUCACAGGACAGAUGUCAACUCGAGGUUCGGUCCAGAGACUCACCGCCAGAGGGAUCGUCUGUGGAAGAGCCUGCGCGUCGUCGACCUAUUUCUGAGCACUUCGAUGGGGCGUCCACCUGCCACAUCAGACGUGGACUGCACAGUUCCCUACCGGGCAACUGGAGAGGACGGUUUGGAAACGUUCGACAUUCUCAACGCAUCUGUGCAAAUCUUCCUCAUUAUUGAGGCAAUAGUUGUCGAGGUUUACUCGCGACGAAAGAUAUCACCACCCCUGACUGAAGGCAUCUCGCGUGAACUCCGAGAAUGGUCUGCAAGGUGGCUUCAGACUUUAAAAGGCCUCGUCGGAGGUGAUACAGGCGAGGACGGGCCUGAAAUGGCUAACGGGGCUUGCCAAGUACUCUCAUCUUACUUUUAUGCUGUGAUCCUCGUCUCGCGGCCAUUCCUUAUGGUCGAAUUACACCGCAGGCUGUCGGAGGGAAGCGCUUCGGGAUCGGCAUUUGGCAGAGAUAGCCUGGCAUCCGGGAAGUCCAAGCUGGCCCAUGCUUGCAUCGAUGCUGCAAUCCUCAUGGUUGAACUGGUCCAGGAACUGGUAGAACGUAAGAUAAUGACGCGCCGUGCUCCCGUGGUCGUUUCCUGGCUCUUUGCAUCAUCACUCGUGCUCGGUCUUGGACUUCUGGGCGGGUUUGGCCGCUUCAUCGAGACCCAUUGCCGAGCCUCCAUCACUGCGCUCGAAUACUUUGCAGACGCAGAUGCCCAUGCAGUACAAUAUUCUCUCAUUGCCAAGUCGCUCCUUUCCACGGCCCUGGAACAUCUUGAGAGGGCAGAGAUCGAGGAAAGAUCAAAAAGGACCGAAAGCUCAUCGCAGAUCUUUGGGCUCGUUCCUCCGACACCUCGCCAGGUCCACCAGACGCGUCAAACCGACCAUAUAAACGGGUUUUCUUCUGCUUCGUCUCAUGCAUCAAGCCCCGUUGGCGGCUCUACUGGAAAUUGGCCUGACGAGCCGUACAGAAUGCAACUUGGCUUCGAUUUCGAGUCAAACUUUGUGGGUUUCGGUACCUCUCUGGCCGGAGUAUCAGACUUCUCGAUCUUGGGAGGCUCUACCGAAGACCAAGAACAGAGUUUCGGGGCACUGAAUCUCUUCCCGCUCCUCGAAACCGACGGCCAUAUCGACUUGGCUAACUACUUCUAACACUCACAUCGCGUCUUCACCUAGAGAAUAGCUCGAAACUGCUACGGAACGGCUUGGAGACGAACGGCCCGAAGCAAUAACAUACCUAUAUCUGAACAUCGUUUUGCUGUCAUAUAUCCGUUCCGCCCCCGCACUUCAGUUUCUGGGAUGAGAAUCACGAACCCGAAACUGGCUUGCAUUU